ACUGGUACAGCAAGUUUUUAGUGUCUGUUUUAAGCUUUUGAUUAUGGACAAGUCUAUUUAUAGCUCCACUUGUUUUGUUUAUGUGCUUUGGGGACUGUAGAGGAGAAAUUGGCAGAUCCCAGAUAGGGAAAGAAGGGGAGAGACAUGAGGAAGAGCAUUAGUGAUGUGGGAGUGGAAGACUUGGUUGGAGCAGGCCUGUCAGUUGAGGAGGCAAAAGGGUUCCAAAGGCACCUCAAAGAUUCGAUUUUUAAGGUUAGCAGAAAUAGUGAUAAUGGGGAGGAGCCGUUUGACCCCAAGGAACUAUGGAGGGAGCUGACAGCCCAGAAAUUGUUGAAACCAUGGCAUCCACAUGCUCUUCAUCAGCUCAUUUACUAUUCUGUUUAUCAUAACUAUGAUGAGUCCACCAAUGGGCCUCCUAUCUAUUGGUUCCCUUCACUGUACCAAUCUAAAAAUACAAAUUUGGGACGCCUAAUGGAAACUCAUUGUCCGAAGCUUCUGGGAGCACUAUACAAGGACCCAAUUGCAAGUUUUAGACAAUUUCACAGAUUCUCCGUUGAGCAGCCGGAGGUUUACUGGUCAAUUGUUCUGGACCAUCUAUCAAUUAAAUUUCUUAAAGCUCCAGAUUGCAUCCUUGAUACUUCAGACGAAUCAAAACAUGGGGGAAAAUGGUUUCCAAGUUCAGUUUUGAAUAUUGCCGAGUGUUGCUUGAUUCCAAGCAGUUGUCCAAAGAAGGAAGAUGACAGUUUAGCUAUAAUAUGGAGAAAUGAAGGAUGUGAUGACUUAGAUGUUAGUCAGAUGACACUAAGAGAGCUUCGAGAACUAGUAAUGUUAGUGGCAAAUGUGCUGGCUGCAAAAUUCUCAAAGGGAGAUGCGAUUGCAAUUGACAUGCCAAUGACAGCCACUGCUGUUAUUAUAUAUCUAGCAAUUGUGCUUGCAGGUUUGGUUGUUGUCUCAAUUGCUGACAGCUUUGCAGCACAGGAGAUCGCAACCCGGUUGCGUGUGUCUAAAGCAAGGGCCGUAUUUACUCAGGAUUUUAUUCUACGAGGAGGUCGAAGAGUUCCUUUAUACAGUCGAGUGGUGGAAGCUGCUCCUUAUGAAGCUAUUGUAAUUCCUGCAUCUGGAAAGGAGAUAGCUGUCCAGUUAAGACACCAAGAUUUGUCUUGGAAUGAUUUUCUUUCUAGUGUGUGUAUCCUUCCAAGUUCAAAUUACUUCACACCAGCUUAUCAACCUAUAGACUCUGUCACCAACAUCCUAUUUUCAUCAGGAACCACAGGAGAACCAAAAGCUAUUCCAUGGACCCAGCAUUCUCCCAUUAGGUGUGCUGCUGAUGCAUGGGCACAUAUUGAUGUUCAAGAGGGAGAUGUUUUCUGCUGGCCUACAAAUUUAGGUUGGGUGAUGGGGCCAAUAUUGCUCUAUUCUUGCUUUCUGUCUGGCGGAACGCUUGCUCUAUAUCAUGGUUCUCCUUUAGGCCGUGGUUUUGGGAAAUUCAUUCAGGAUGCAGGAGUAACUGUAUUGGGUACUGUUCCAAGCUUAGUUAAGACUUGGAAGAGUACAGGGUGUAUGAAUGGCCUAAAUUGGACAAAGAUAAGGACUUUUGCUACCACUGGAGAAGCUUCAAACAUAGAUGAUGACCUUUGGCUUUCUUCAAAGGCUUACUACAGUCCCAUUAUUGAAUGCUGUGGAGGCACAGAGCUUGCGUCAUCAUAUAUCCAAGGAAACCCUUUACAACCACAAGCAUUUGCAGCAUUUAGCUCUGCAUCCAUGUCCACAAGUUUUGUCAUCCUGAAUGAAAAUGGGCUUCCUUAUCCAGAUGAUCAAGCAUGCAUUGGUGAAGUGGGUUUAUUUCCUCACUACAUGGGAGCAACUAAUAGAUUGUUGAAUGCUGAUCAUGAGGAGGUGUAUUUCAAGGGCAUGCCAUUAUACAAAGGAAUGCAACUUAGGCGACAUGGUGACAUCGUCAAACGUACUAUUGGAGGGUUUCUCAUUGUACAAGGCCGGGCUGAUGAUACCAUGAAUUUGGGGGGGAUAAAGACUAGUUCAGUUGAGAUUGAGCGUGUAUGUAACCAGGCUCAUGAUGGUAUCUUGGAAACUGCUGCAGUCAGCACUCCACCACCAAAUGGUGGCCCAGAGCUGUUAGCUGUAUUUGUUGUGCUAAAGGAAGGAAUCAGUGCUGACCCUGAUUUGCUGAAGAUGAAAUUCUCAAGAGCCAUACAGAGCAACCUCAACCCUUUAUUUAAGGUAAGCUUUGUGAAGAUUGUCCCUGAGUUUCCUCGAACAGCAUCAAAUAAGCUUUUAAGAAGAGUUUUAAGAGAUCAGUUGAAGCAGGAGCUUAACAUACGGAGCAAGAUCUGAACAUGGGAUUGAUGUUUUCAAGGCUUUGUGCAAUAAUUACUUUAUUCCUUUGCCUGGCAGGACUAUGUGCAAUAAGAUCAUUGAGUGGUUAGUUUCUAUGUUUUCCAUCAUAGCAAAGAACUGUUGAUAUUGUGAUCAAGGGGUCAUAUAAAGAAAUUGGUUUUGUUAUAAAGAAGUUAAAUUGACACAAA